GUCUUGUGGGUCAGGUGGGUUUUAAAGGAGACGACAUUUGGUUUUCUAUUUUGACCACUUCUGCUAAAGGGGAUAUAAAAAUAAUGCAGACUCCAAAAGCAAGGACACCAUAUUUUACUCACUGGUCGUAGUCUACUUGUUUGCGGCUCUGAGCUGGCGCUUGGUUCAUGGGAUGUGAGGAAGUGUUUUUUACUGAAGCCUGAUCUUGAAGGUGACCAACUCAAAUGCUGAGGAAUCCUGCAAUUCAAAGUGGGUAUUCUUGUGAGUACAGUUAUUAUGUUGUGGAUGAUGAGGGAAAUGUACUGAGAUGGGAGACAGGGAAGAAGCAUAAACUGCUGUUACCUGAGGGGACUGAGGAUGGGGACUGCUUCCAAAAAUUUUUACUCUUAAAGCACAAUAAUUGGGUGGAAGAAAAAAAUUGUUCAUGUGUGAGGAAGAAGCACAGUGCUGUGAGGAUGCAGAAUCAUCUGGAACUGGCUCUUUGGAAGUGCCUCAAAGGAAAUCUCCUACUACACUGCAUACUGCCCGCCAACUCAAGAUACCAGGAUCAGAUUCUAAUGUUGUUUCCUCUUCUCCACACCCAACAAAUAGGACACCAAAAGAUAAAAGUCCUAAAGUCAUUGAGCGCAAAUCACCUCGGAGCCCAGCAACAACAGAGAAAAAACGCCCAAACAGAGUGUCUGAAUUGGAAUCACAGCUUGCUCAACUUCAAGAAGAGCUGAAGAAGGUGAAGGAGCAAUUGAGUGCUUCAGAUUCAUGGAAGAAGCAAGCCCAGCAGGAAGCUGAGGAGGCCAAGAAGCAGUUCUCGACCAUGUCAGCAAAGCUUGAGGAAUCUCAACAGCAACUGCUGGAGAUUACUACGUCUGAGGAUGCUCGAGUUGAAGAGCUCAGAAAGAUUUCGCAGGAUCGUGAUAAAGCAUGGCAGUCUGAACUUGAUGCUCUCCAGAAACAGCAUGCUAUGGAUUCUGCUGCCCUGGCUUCUGCCAUGAAUGAGAUCCAGAGGCUAAAAGUUCAGCUGGAAAAGUUAGCUGAAUCUGAAGUUGCCCUGACCAAGCAUGCAGAGUCUGCACAUGCUGAGAUGCAGAGCUUGAGAAUAGAACUUACUGAAACUCUCUCCCUGGUUGGAAAACUUAAAUCUGAUCUUAAUAUUUGCAAAGAAUCUGAAGCUCAGGCAAUUGAAGUAGUCCGGAAAACUCAAAUGCAACUGGAAAGGGCGAAUGCAAAUAUAGAAAUGUUGCAAUCUGAGGGCACUAAAGCUACAGAGGGUUUUAAUUCCUUAUCAUUGGAGUUGGAACAGUCAAAAGCUCAGGUUAAAUCAUUCAAGGAACUUGUAAGCAAGCUCCAGGCCGAUCUACUUAGCAGUAACAGCGAUAAAUUGGUGGAAUCUUUGGGUGAUGUUGAUCUUUCUCGGAAGGAUGGGGAAAAGGAGGAAAUAGACCAGCUCAAAGUGGAGCUUAAUCAUUCUAAAUUUGAAUUGAGCCAACUGAGGUCUGCAUUAGAGGCUUCUGAGACCAGGUACCAGGAAGAAUACAUUAAAACCACAUUGCGAAUUAGACGUGCUUAUGAACAAGUUGAACAUGUAAAAUCAGAAUCAUGCCAGAGAGAGGCUGAGUUGGAGACACAAUUGAAAAAUGCCAAAGCUCAUAUUGAAGAGUUGAGAGCAAAUUUAAUGGACAAGGAAACAGAACUACAGUAUAUAUCAGAGGAAAACGAGGGACUGAAUUUAAAAAUCAAGGGAAAUGGACCUAGUGAGGCAGAUUUAGCUGAGCUGAAGGUGAGUAUGUUGGAUAAGGAGACAGAGUUGCACAGUCUAACUGAGCAAAAUGAAACGCUCAAGUUGGAGAUUGAGAAGAAGGAAAUGGAGAGAAACAAAAUCAAUGAUGAAGCUAUUACUUUAGCAGAAGCAGCCAGGGCUGCUGAGCAAGAGGCUUUGAUGAAAGUUGGCUACUUAACAGAGGAAGCUGAUAGAAGUAGCAGAAGAGCAGCACAUGUGACUGAGCAACUGGAUGCAGCACAGGUGGCAAAUACAGAAAUGGAGGCUGAGUUGAGGAGAUUAAAGGUGCAACUGGACCAGUGGAGGAAGGCAGCUGAGGCGGCAACAGCUAUGCUUUCAACUGGCAACAAUGGAAAAUUUGUAGAAAACAAGAUUAAUUACUUGAAUGGGACUAUGGGUUCUCCCUACUUAGAAGACAUGGAUGAUGACUCUCCGAAGAAGAAAAAUGCCAACAUGCUGAAGAAGAUUGGUGUGCUUUGGAAGAAAGGCCAGAAGUAGUUGAUAGAGAACCUAGCAGGUUGCAUGUAGUAUUUUGGAAGGUUCCAGAUUAGAUGCCAAUAAAUUUAAAGACUUGGAAAUUCUUCUGGAAAUUCUGUAUAGACAUGUAAAACUGGUGAACUUUUGUUAGUUCAAUCUGAAUUUGGUUUCACUUGGUGUAUUGUCUGGGGCUUUUGGACACAAAAGAGUUGUAUCUCACAGAAAAUUUUCUGUUUAUGGUAAUGAAGCUGUUUAUUUUU